AUGAUGGAAGAAGGUGAUGAUGUUCUUGAACACAUCAACAAGCUCAAGACGCUAGCGGAGCAGCUCGACGCUGUGGGUGCUCCGCGAGCAAACGUCGCACAGUUUGAAGAUUCCGGUGACUAUCUUUUCGCAAUUGGCGGUAGCAGUGACUCUGUUCAGGCGAAUGGUGUAUGGCUGGUCGACUCGGGGGCGACUCAGCAUAUGACAAGCUCAAAGAGGGUCAUGAGGAACUACAAGGCAUUUUCUCCUAUUGACGUACAUCUGACAGAAGCCGGUGUCGUGCAAGCUAUCAGCAGCGGUGACAUCGUUAUGCCAAUGAAGACUUCGCACGGAUUAAAGAAAGGUGUGCUGACAAAUGACGUUGGGCCUGUUGUCUUCGUCAAGGAAGGAUGCUAUGCCGAGACGAAAGGUGUCAAAUGGACGAUUGGUGCUCGCGAAGUAAAAGGACUGUUUCGACUUCACAUGAUUUCGGUUGCUCGAGAGGAAGCGAAUACAGUCAAAUCUACGACAAAGAAUCUCGCUGCUGGACUCGAUAUUGCGUCCGUAAACAAGUGGAAGAUUUGCGAUGGCUGUGCGCAAUGCAAGCAGAUUCGUGUAAGUUUUCAAUCAACGUCAACGGAUCGGGCAAGCAGGCUUUUGAAAGUUAUACACGGAGAUGUAUAUUGCCGCGUGUAUCUGAUUAAGAAUAAGUUAGAAGUGGUGGACAAGUUUGCAAAUUCCGUUGCAUUCGCAGAGAAGCAGACCGACAAACGCGUUAAAUCACUUCACAGUGACAAUGGUGGUGACUAUACAUCAGCAAAAAUGGCCGAUUUUUGCUCGGAUAAAGGAAUUGUGCUUAAGUAUACGCCAACAUACACACCACAGCUCAACGGGGUUGCCGAGCGUAUAAUUCGGACGCUUGUGGAGUGCGCACGUUGCAUGUUGGAGCACGCUGGUCUUUCUAAACACUACUGGGGAGAAGCAAUCAUGACGGCAAUGUUUCCUCGAAAUCGGUGUCCAUCGCGUGCUAAUAAUCUCGAAAAGUCACCUUACGAGCUUCGGACGGCCAAGAAACCGCUGUUAGCCAGCCUAAAAGUAUUUGGCUGCCACAUGUUUGAACAAGUUUCAAAAGAGAAACGCUCGAAGUUGGAUGCGAAAGCCGUGCUGUGCCGAUUUUUGGGCUAUUCAGAGCACCAGAGAAUGUAUCGGAGAAAUGCCGACAACGUUCAAGUCGGAGAUGGAAACCAGCGACGCGGACGAAUGGAAGCUGCAAGUGAAUUGGAACUAGAAUGGGUGUUUCGAGUCAAAGAAAACCAAGAAGGGAUCAUUGAGCGUUUUAAAGCGCGACUUGUGGCCAUGGGAUUUUCACAGAAGUUUGGAGUCAGUUAUGAGGAAAAACUUGCACCGGUGGCAAAGUUUACUUCGAUUCGCAUUGUAUUGCGCAUGGCUGCCAAGUACGGCUUGGCGCUGCAUCAGAUGGACGCUAAGACUGCAUUUUUGAAUGGAAUUCUGGAUGAAGAGAAAAAUAUGCAGCAGCCUGAAGAAUAUGUCAGCGAAGACAAGCAAUGCCAUGUCUGCAAGCUCAAGCGCUCGCUGUAUGGUCUUAAGCAGUCACCACGCACGUGGAAACACACCAUUGACGAAAUUCAUAUCAAAGAUGAGCUUCAACAAGUGUGA